AAAAUAAUGGAUAACAAUUGACUCUCUAUUAUCAAAUUAUGCUGAGAAAGGACACCAUGUAUUUGAUUAAAUGCCUGAAUAGGCAUUCUAAUCCUUCUUCAAGAUUAUGAAUGCUCAACUCCAAUAUCCCCAGUUCUUUUUGAAGAUUCUCAACAUGCAUUAUGAUUGAUUUUCUAAUUGACUGACAUAUGAGGUUUUGCAUAUUUGAACACCACCACCACCCUCCUUUUUCCGAUCAUAAUUGUCAGGCAAAGUCCCCGAGGCAACCCCACCUCCCCUUCCAAAUGCCUCAUCACCUGCCCCAUACUCGGACUCCAUUGUUAGAGCACAUAAACCCCCAUUUUGAGCACAACCACAAUCUCUACCUCAUCAUAGUCAUCUCUCAUUCUAUUGUCCACCACAUCAAGAAUUGCCCCUUCUUUCCACUUCUCUAAUCCACCAAAAUGAUUUCUUCAGGCCACUCUGGGAAAAAUGGGUGUUGAUAGUUGGUUUAGAAAGUUAUUUUCCAUGCAAGCAAUAUUACACUUUCUGAUCAAUUUUUGUGCCAUUCGUGGUUUUCAUCAAAGUUUAUUUCAAUAACUGUCACACCAGUCACUAUUCUAUUUUUUUCAAAUGGUAGCGGAAUCUUUUGCAUUUUAUCAUAAAUAAUAUUUUAUAUGUACAUAUUCACCGAGCAGCUAAAGAAUAAAAAUAACAUAUAAUAACAUGUGUUUAUCCAAUCACCUACCAUUAGUCAAUUCUGAGCACAGGUUCUCCGGAUGACAUAACGUGUACACAAAAGGCAAAGACAGAUUAACGGCAAACCUCCCUAAGCCAUCCUCUCACCUUAUAGUACAAGACACUACCAAGACUCCCUUUUGCCCAGUUCUUCUUGUCUUCACCUUCACAACUAAGAUAAUGAAAACGCACACGCACAUUUCUCUUUUGUUUUAGAUAAUAAAACCCCAUUACCAAACCCCAAACCUCAAUAUAAAACCACCAUCAAGUUAACAUAAUCUGAUACAUUUUUCUUCAUGAAUUAUGACAAUCAUUCUGAUCAUUUUUUCUAUCACCUGUCUCUUUGUGAACUCUGAAUCCAUCAGCCGAGCUGAUUUUCCAGAUGGGUUCGUCUUCGGAACCGCCUCUUCUGCUUACCAGUUUGAAGGGGCUGUGAAUGAAGGAAAAAAGGGUGUUAGCAUAUGGGAUACCUUCACAAAGGUACCUGGAAGAAUCUUGGAUUUCAGCAAUGCAGACCUGGCUGUUGAUCAAUAUCAUCGGUUUAAGAAUGAUAUUCACUUGAUGAAGGACUUGGGAAUGGAUGCUUACAGAUUUUCAAUAUCAUGGUCAAGAAUAUUCCCAAAUGGAACAGGAGAACCAAAUUCGGAAGGAAUAGAAUACUAUAACUGCCUCAUAGAUGCUUUACUGGAAAAAGGAAUUCAGCCCUAUGUUACUCUUUAUCAUUGGGAUCUUCCACAAAUGCUUGAAGAUAGCUACGAAGGGUGGUUAAGCAAUCGAAUUAUAAAGGAUUUUGAGCACUAUGCUUUCACCUGCUUCCAAGCUUUUGGAGACAGAGUGAAGUACUGGAUCACCUUCAACGAACCCCACGGUAUCUCCAUCCAAGGUUAUGACACAGGCAUUCAAGCUCCUGGAAGGUGUUCUAUUCUCGGUCAUAUUUUCUGUAAAACAGGAAAAUCAUCGGUUGAACCAUACAUUGUGGCUCACAACAUCCUCUUGUCUCAUGCUGCCGUUUAUCGUUGUUAUCAACGUCAUUUCAAGGAAAGACAAGGAGGUCUGAUUGGGAUAGCACUAGAUUCCAAAUGGUAUGAACCGAUAUCUGAUAGUGAUGAGGAUAAAGAUGCUGCAACUAGAGCAAUUGAUUUUGGACUUGGAUGGUUCCUUGAUCCACUACUCCUUGGCGGAUAUCCUCUUUCGAUGCAGAAGCUUGUGGGUAAGAGAUUACCCGAGAUCAACCCUGAGGUGUCAAGAUUACUGGUUGGGACCUUGGAUUUUGUUGGCAUAAAUCACUACACCACAUUAUAUGCCCGGAAUGACAGAACUAGGAUUCGGAAGUUUAUAUUGCAGGAUGCUUCAUCAGAUAAUGGCGUGAUCACUACCUCUUCCAGACAUGGAGUCGCUAUUGGAGAAAGAGCUGCUUCUCACUGGCUACACAUAGUCCCUUGGGGGAUCCAAAAACUAUUAAGGCAUGUGAAGGAUAAAUAUGGAAACCCACCGAUGAUUAUCACUGAAAAUGGCAUGGAUGAUCCAAACAGACCUUAUAUGACCUUAGACAAGGCUUUACAGGAUGACAAGAGGAUAAGUUAUCACAGAGACUACCUGUCAAACCUAUCUGCUGCUAUAAGGGAUGACAACUGUGAUGUGCGUGGCUAUUUCGUGUGGUCCUUGCUUGAUAACUGGGAAUGGAACUCAGGCUAUACGGUCCGGUUUGGACUAUAUUUUGUGGACUAUAAGAAUAAUCUCACAAGGAUUCCAAAGUCUUCUGUUAAGUGGUUCAAAAAUAUGUUGAGAUUGAAAAGUGAUCUAAGCUACCAGUUAUAGUUUCAUUGUAUGCCAUAUCAAGCACAUGUUGUACCAUGAAUGAUAAUUGUAAAAAGAAUUCAAUACAGUAAAGUAAAGGAAAAAGUACCAUGAAUAUACGGAUUGAUGAUGGCUUUUCCUCUA